CAAAGUACUCAGCAACGUAAAGACUUAUACGUUGUCUCAGAAGCAACGUCGUGAUCCUUACUUUUAUUUCCAUUAUAGUUUCUGUUAUAGUUUCGAUUCCGAAGUACGGUUGCGUGAUCGUCAAUUUUGUCAAGUUAGUGCGCGCACUUGUUGAUUGUCAAAAUGGAAAGCAAGAAAUCAGAUAUUCUAUAUCUGUUUGAUCGACCGGCGGAGCCUGUGUACGUACCCAAGGGAGAAAACAAAGUCGCUUUUGAUGUACCAGCUAACUACUUGCCUGAGUCUCGGCAACAGAUGGCUCCUGCCAUUGUAAGUCGUUUCGCCGAUGAUACCUCGUCAAAGGUUCCAGUGAAGCAAAUCAGUCUGCCUGACUUGAGUGUUCCCCUUCAACUUGGACGUCGAGAACCUUUCUCUCUUUUCAUUCCUAAGCAUCGAAAAUUAGCCGCGCGACUUAUCGACAUCUUCUUGGGUAUGCGAACAUAUGACGACUUUCUUUCGGUAUCGGUUUACUGUCGCGAUCGCGUUAAUCCCGAGAUGUUCAUUUACGCACUCUCGGUGGCGAUCCUGAAUCGUCCAGAUACCAAGAAUUUACCGAUACCACCACUAUCAGAAAUUUUCCCGGACAAGUACAUAGACAGUGGGAUAUUUUCCAGGGCAAGAGAGGAAGCCAACGUUGUACCGGCUGGCUCCAGGGUGCCUAUUGAAAUUCCGCGGGAUUAUACUGCGUCGGAUCUUGACGAGGAACAUCGCGUAGCUUACUGGAGGGAAGAUAUUGGGAUUAAUCUUCAUCACUGGCACUGGCAUCUGGUCUAUCCAUUUGAGACCGACAUCAGGAUUGUUAACAAGGAUCGGCGUGGCGAGCUAUUCUACUAUAUGCACCAUCAGAUCCAAGCCAGAUAUAACGCUGAGCGUCUGAGCAACCGAUUGGGCCGAGUGAAGCGUUUCCACAAUUGGCGCGAACCGAUCCCGGAGGGUUACUUUCCUAAGUUGGAUUCGUUGGUGGCCAGUCGCACUUGGCCCGCUCGCCCCGCCGGUGCCAUUCUUAAAGAUAUCAACCGUCCUGUGGAUCAAUUGAACUUCGACCUUCAAGACUUAGAGAGAUGGCGUGAUCGCAUAUAUGAAGCCAUUCACACCGGCGCUUACAUCAACCCCCGCGGCGAGAGGGUGCCUUUGACCGAGUUCGGCGGCGUAGAUGUGCUUGGUAACAUCAUGGAGGCAAGCAUCCUUUCGCCCAAUCAAAAUGUGUACGGAGAUCUUCACAAUCUCGGUCAUGUCGCCAUCUCUUACUGCCACGAUCCUGAUCAUCGCUACUUGGAAACUUUCAGUAUCAUGGGAGAACCGGCCACCGCUAUGAGAGAUCCCAUCUUCUACAGAUUCCAUGCUUUCACUGACGAUGUAUUCCUAGAGCACAAGAAUACACUUCCCGAGUACAGCCUACAGCAGUUGGACUUCCCUGGUGUAGUAAUCACAGACAUAGCAGUGCAGACUCCGAAUCAACCGGCAAAUCAGAUUUCGACUUUCUGGACCAAGAGCGACGUCGAUCUAUCCCGCGGUCUGGACUUUACGCCUCGCGGUGCCGUUCUCGCAAGAUUCACCCAUCUGAAUCAUACAGACUUCACAUAUAGAAUCGUCGCCAACAAUCGUAAUAAUGCACCGCGACGAGGAACUGUUCGUAUAUUCAUCGCGCCCAAGCAAGACGAACGUGGAUUGCCUUUUGUCUUUAGAGACCAGAAGGAGCUCAUGAUUGAGAUGGACAAGUUCACUGUAUUACUGAAACCGGGAUCAAAUACCAUCGAGCGUAAAUCAACGGAGUCUUCGGUAACUAUACCGUUUGAAAGGACGUUCCGCAAUCUCGAAGAGAACAGACCAAUCGGCGGCGAUAACCUGGAACAGUUCAACUUCUGCGGAUGCGGCUGGCCACAGCACAUGCUGGUACCUAAGGGCAAGGAGGAGGGAUUCCCGAUGGACCUCUUCAUCAUGAUAUCCGAUUACACCGGUGACGCGGUGGAACAGGACGAACCGACUGGAUGCAAGGACGCGGCGAGUUUCUGCGGCCUGCGGGACCGCAAGUAUCCGGACGCGCGACCGAUGGGCUUUCCAUUCGAUCGUAGAGCCCGUACUGGCGUGGAAACCCUGGCCCAAUUCUUGACCGGCAAUAUGGCAGUCGCGCAGAUUACCAUCCGCCACACGGAUACUGUAUUGCCGCGAAUGCGAUCCGGAAGUAUGAGCAAUACUCUCACCUUCGCCUGAUCCGAUGAUUGAUCGACCAACCAAACGCGACAGAUCGCUCUCGCUCACCUCCGCCGAGGAUUCCAACGUCUCCGUUCCUACCACGCAUUCUUGAGUAGCAAUCCAGCAAUAUCCGUUGUAGAAUCGCGACUGAUUGCAUGGAAACGCGACACGUUUCUCAUCCUAGUCUAUAUCCUAGGAUGGUGAACGCCGGGAAUGACGGCGACGGGACGGGAGUUGAUAAAAAGCUGGAGGUGGGCGAGACGCUAUUUCCAUAUCUCAAUGACGGAGGAUUAUCCGAGGAAC